UUUACAUCUGUGAAUAUUUAUGAAUUUGGGCUGAACAUGAACAUGUAGGUGGUUAAAUAAUGAGGAAGUUGCUGAGGUUAAAUAUAGCCGUUCUCACUCUCGUUUAUGGUUUUGUGUCUUCAUGGUCAAAAUCACAAUGUGUCGUUUAAACAGAAAGACUUUUCAGAAGCCGAGCAUCUGUGUACUCAGAAAUCUCAGAGCUUAUUCAGCUCAGAAACGAAGACACGGCUCUGGAUUUGAUCGAAGGGCUCAAUGAAAAAGAGAUGGCAGAGAUGACAUUACUUCCAAUCACAGUCCUGCUGCUAUUCUUCCAAUCUGUCUGGCUGCAGUCCAGCUGGUACCCUAAAAGUUUGCCAUGUGACGUCAUCAGGGCAUCCAAUGGUACGGAAGUGGCUGUAGAUUGCACCAGCAGAAGCCUGACCCGAAUUCCUGCUGGAAUCCCUUCAAAUGCCACUAACUUGACCCUCACCAUCAACCACAUCCCCCACAUUCAGAACACCUCCUUUCAAGGCCUGGACAAUGUUACAGAGAUCGACAUGCGCUGCAACUGUGUACCGAUCAAGAUUGGCCCAAAGGACCACAUGUGUACGCAAAGCGUGACCAUCGAUAACGGAAGCUUCUGGCAACUAAAGAACCUCAAGUCCCUCUACCUGGAUGGGAAUCAGCUCUCCAGCAUACCCAAAGGACUUCCACCAAACAUUGUGCUCCUGAGUCUGGAGGUUAACCGCAUCUCCACGAUUCUGAAGCAAAAUCUCACGGAAGUACCCAACAUUCAAUUUCUGUACCUCGGCCAAAACUGCUACUUCCGGAACCCGUGCAACAUGUCGUACUAUAUUGAAAAGGAUGCCUUUUUUCACCUUGAGAGGAUGACUUUACUCUCGCUUAAGUCAAACAAUUUGUCCUACAUACCACAUAGACUACCAUCCAGUCUAAAAGAGCUGUACCUCUACAACAACAACAUCCAGCAGGUAACGGAACAGGACUUUCAGAAUUUGACAGAUUUAGAGAUCCUUGAUUUGAGCGGGAACUGUCCUCGCUGCUACAAUGCGCCAUUCCCAUGUGUUCCAUGCCCCAACAAUGCACCCUUUCAGAUUGCAGAAAAUGCUUUCCAGAAUUUGACCAAGCUGCAAAUCCUGAGACUUCACAGCAACUCCCUCACUGUGGUGAACAAGGAAUGGUUUCAGGGCUGCAAGCAGCUCAAGGUGUUGGACCUCUCAUCCAAUUUCCUUGGUAAAGCCAUAACGUACACCUCGUUUCCUCAUUAUUUGCCUUUUCUUGAAGAACUAGAUCUCUCUUUUAAUUAUGAGCUUCAGAGGUAUCCCUCCUCACUAAACCUCUCUAGGGCUUUCUCUCACCUCAAGUCUCUUAAGAUCCUGAGAAUCAGAGGCUUCGUGUUCCAAGAACUCAAACGCCAAGACAUUUUACCUUUGAUUUCUUUGGAUAAGCUUGAGAUCAUCGACCUCGGCACAAACUUCAUAAAGAUAACCGACUUGAGCAUCCUUACGGAGCUGAAAAGCUUCCACAUCAUCAACCUUUCAGACAACAAAAUAUCAUCCCCUUCAGAAGGGGAGUCUCCAGGUGCACUGACGAUGACGGCACGUGGCGCUCCAGACCAGUACUUCACUUCCCCAAUGUCGAGAGGUGCUCAGUACCAGAGUGGAGAUGCGAGAGAGAUUCACUAUUUCAGAUAUGAUGAGUAUGCACGCAGCUGCAAGUACAAGGAUAAGGAAGUUGGGACUUUAAGCCCUUUCAAUACACAGUGUAGCUCUUUCGGAAAGACUCUGGACAUCAGCAGAAACAACAUAUUCUUCUUGCACUCGAGAUUCUUAAAUCUUCAAGAGCUCAGGUGUCUCAAUCUCUCAGGAAAUGCAAUGAGCCAAGCUUUAAACGGUUCAGAGUUUGCUUAUCUCAAGAACUUGCAGUACCUCGACUUCUCCCGCAACCGCCUCGAUCUGAUGUUCUCCACAGCAUUUCAGGAAUUGAGCAAUUUAGUGGUUUUGGACAUCAGUUACAACAACCACUACUUCGAAGCGGAAGGUUUGACUCACAUGCUAAAUUUCACCAAGAAUCUCAACAAACUGACCAAGCUAAUAAUGAACCACAACCAAAUAUCUACCUCCACCAACACAGAGAUGGAGAGUUUCUCUUUGGAACAUUUGGAAUUCAAAGGCAAUCGUCUUGACAUGUUGUGGAGGGAUGGUGAUUUAAGAUACGUCAACUACUUCAAAAAGCUUAUGUCGUUGAAAACUCUCGACAUCUCUCGUAACAACCUCAACUUCAUUCCUAAGCAAGUGUUUCAGGGUCUUCCGCAAACACUGAUAGAGUUGAACAUUACGAACAACAAAUUGAAGUCAUUUAACUGGGAGUUUCUCAAAUAUCUUAAAAACCUGCAGGUUUUAGAUCUUAGCAGUAACCAGUUAAAAACAGUCCCUGCGAAGCUUUCCAACUGUUCCAAGUCCAUUGUGACGCUGGUUUUGCGGAAGAAUGAAAUUGCAAGUCUUACUCCUAAUUUCCUCCAAGACGCAACGAGCCUGAGGAACCUGGACUUGAGUUACAAUCAGAUCAAGUAUAUUGAGGAGUCCAGUUUUCCAGAAAACGUGAUAGACAAUCUGCAGGUGCUCUACCUGAACAACAACAGGUUCAUAUGCUCUUGCAAUGCCACGUGGUUUGUCCGAUGGAUCAAUCGCACGACUGUGAACAUCCCAAGGCUGGCUACAGACGUUACCUGUGCUGCUCCAGGUACUCAACGAGGACAGAGCGUGAUUUUCCUGAACCUCCAGGCCUGCCAGCACAACUAUGUGUCCAUCAUGCUGAGUAUCCUGACGACUUCUCUCAUCCUGAGCAUCCUCACUCUUGCCAUCUCCAGCCACCUCUUCCUCUGGGAUGUGUGGUACAUCUAUCACUUCUGUUUGGCCAAAGUCAAGGGCUACCGUCGCCUGCUUCCUGACAGCACCGCCUACGACGCUUUCGUCGUGUACGAUAAAACCGACAAAGCCGUGAGCGACUGGGUGAUGCAGGAGCUCCGCCUCCAGCUGGAAGACCGCGGUGAACGGCGACUCCAGCUUUGCCUGGAAGACCGUGACUGGGUUCCUGGUUGUCCCCUCAUCGAGAACCUCUCCGAGAGCAUCCAGCUCAGCAAGCGCACCAUCUUCAUCCUGACUGGACGCUUUAUCAAGAGCGGACACUUUAAGACGGCCUUCUACCUCGCCCACCAGCGGCUUCUGGACGAGAAGAACGAUGUGAUCAUCCUCAUCUUCCUGGAGAAGUUCUCCUCAUCUCACUCCAAGUACCUGAGGCUGAGAAAGAGGCUGUACAAGCGCUCGGUGCUGGAGUGGCCGAGGAACCCUCGAGCACAGCCGUAUUUCUGGUUCUGCCUUAAGAGUGUCAUGGCGGCAGAAAGCCAACAGCAUUACAACAAACUCUUCCAGGAAACUCUUUAAAGUUUAAAAUGUGCGACCCUCAGGAUGCUGUUUAAAAAAAAGAUAUAAUUUUAAAUUGAAUAAAUUUCUGACAUAAGAUUAAAUCAAGCAAAAAUCUUUUUGUGCUUAUUUUUUGUGUACAAAAUUAGUUAAAAUAAGGUUAAAAUUAAAGUAAAACUGAUUUAGAUCAUAAUUCGCAACUAAGCAGAAUACUAUUACAUUUACACAAUGUUUAGUAAGACAAAAAAUUAUUUCAGAGGAAACAGUUGUAUACAAUUGCAUUGUAUAACCAGUUCUGACAUGAUUUCUAGAGUUUUGAAGUUAAAAUUCCAGUUAUGAAAUUGUUGUUAAACAGGAUUCCUAUAUCAAAAUACUAAGUCAGAAAUACUCAGAAAUACGUCUCAGCUCUAAGGGUUAAAGGGUUAAUAUUACAAGAAUUAAUAACUUUUUUCUAACGUUCUUGUACUGUUUUAAGCUUAUUUGUUCAGCUAAUAGUGUCUUAAAUUAUUUUGCUUAUUUUAGUUUUUCUCAAGAAAUCAGGUUUAAAACUAUCUGCCAAUGAAAUAAAACAAAAAGUUAAAGAAAAAAAAUGAAGAGUAUAUAACUUGCUUAUAUUUUAGCUUGUGUAAUGUUUUUUUCUGUUCUUUUUUUUUUACUUAUGUUUGUUUUCAUAUGUUCUCAUUCAUGAAUAUACUAAAAAUAAACAAAAUAUAAAAUUGUAAAGAAAAUACAUGAUUUCUUCUUCUUCUAAAAGUUUAUAUGUUGUAUGGCUAUUGUAUAUAGUAUGGUCAAUUAAUGUACUGUUCAUUUUUAAGUUAUAUUAGUUUAAUUACAGUUUAAUUAUCCAUUUAAAUUGUUUGUAGAGUGUGUGUAAGUUUGUUUUCCUGUGUUUUGAGUCAUAAACGGUGCCCUAUGAAAAGUACCCAAGUUCCCCAUUUAUUAUGUUUUUAGGUUUAUAAUGAAGCUUUGCAAAGACAUCUGUGAAAUUGUAAAAAUCCCAUUUAAAAAUCUGACUGAUUGCAGUGAGUGUUCAUAUACGAUAUCAGUCAACAUUUUAGAGACGCCUUUCCUUUCGAUGUAUUUUUCUUUGUUGUUUUCUUUAUUUUAUUUUCUUUAAUCUGUAGAUUAAUAUUAAAAACAUGAAAACGAUUAAGGAACACAUAUGGAAUUCUGUAGUAAACAGUAAAAAAGUGUUAUUCCUCCACAUUAAUCCCCUUGAUCUAAACCUGAUGAACUGAUAUGGUGAUUUGGGAUGAGCUGAUCAUGUGACGCUACAGCAUUCCCACUCCCCCAGUUACUGAUUGCUUCCACCUGGUGUGUCUAGUACCUAGUAUCUAAUACCCCUCUUCUACAACACCUUUUCUUUGUUUAUUGCCUUUUGUUUCCGACUCUCGAUUUUUGCCUUGCCUUUUUUAUUGUUUAUUUAUGUUGCUGACUUUUCCUGUAUAGUUGACUAUUCUUUUGCCUAUAUUAAGAAACGAUAUUAAGAAAUAUUGUACUGAUUUUUCAAAUAAACUGGAAAAAAUA